AUAUCUUUUGUAGCAAUAUGUUGGGAUCAAUGGUUCCCUGAGGCUGCAAGGGCUAUGGUUCUGCAAGGUGCUGAGAUACUCUUUUACCCGACUGCUAUAGGAUCUGAACCUCAAGAUUCUGAACUCGAUUCUAGAGAACACUGGAAGCGCGUUAUGUGCGGCCAUGCCGGAGCGAACUUGGUUCCUCUUGUGGCCUCUAAUAGAAUAGGAAAGGAAACAAUUGAAACAGAACAUGGUGAUAGCACAAUAAGAUUCUAUGGAAAUUCAUUUAUAGCAG